CGAUCAAUAAAUUAUGUCAGAAAAGGGCCGCACUCGCGGCUAAGUCGUUUCUCCAGCGAGUCAGCUUCUCGGGUACGAGUCCCGCGACCGACGACGAAGCGAUUUCCCCAUUAGCGGACCUGAUAACAAGAGGAGUCCUGCGCAAUUUCGGCUUCUUUCGGCUUGGAAGAAAGAGAGCGCGUGGCGAGUGACAGACGGAUCAGAGGCGCGUUUGUUGUCAUGCUGCUGUCAAGCGGCAGACACUGUCAGUCGACGCUGUUACGAUGACAAUGGGCACGGAUGAGCUCGCGCAUGAAAGAUUAAACAUGCCUCAUGGCUGGAGGAGGUGGCAGCAACAGAAAAGGUGGAAGUUUGGACAAAUUAAACCCGAGGCUGUACCACCGACGCUUUCACACUUGUUCACCGAGCAAACCUCCUAACAGCGAAAGUUUUAAAAGGAGGCAGAAGCUGGAGCAUGGACGUACUUAUUCAUUGAACAUCGACUUGUUGCAACAAGAUAUCUUUAGAAUAUUGAAGGAGUCGCUGAAUUGUGAUUUUUACAUAAUACAUGGCUAUGAUGUCAUAAAGACGAACCAAUGUAUCAUAAGGGCCAGAUCACCAGACUUUUAUGCAGCUUUGAGACCUUACUUAGUGUACUGCGACAGGACAGUCAAAUGUUUUCUUCAUUCUCUCGGACUGUUCCAACGAGUAGAGAGUUUCGUGAGGCUUCUAUACCGUAACGUGGAUCCAUCUCAAGAGGAGAGGUUACUAGUAGAACUUAUUCUGAAUAUCGCAUUUGCGUCCAAAGUCGUCGAGUCUCCUGAAGCCGAUGGUAGAUCCUCCUUGAAUAAAAGAACAUGUAAAGAGACUGCGUAUGCAAGUGGUGAUGCAUCUGAACAAUUUGAAGAGAGUGAUGGAGCCUGCAGAACAAAUGUGAGUCCCUUGUCAUCUGAAAUGGCUGACUCUGGACUAGAGACCGGCUCAGUCAGUCCACAAGAGAAUACAGUGUCGGAGUCGUCAGGGAUGGACUUGGAUUCCCAGACUGCGGAGUACAUAUCCACUGACGAAGACCUGAACAAGAUCCACCUGAGUGAUGAGAACCUCCGGAGUCGAACCAAGCUCAAAGAGCAAAGUGCAAUCAACACUUGUAAUGGAGUACACGGUGCGAAAUCCCUAGUGCGAUCAGUGUUAGUGGAGUCAAAUUCUAAUUCCAAUCCUGGAACGGAUGCUACGUGCUCGUCGACGGAGCCGGAACCUCGCUUGGACUCGUCAGGUUCCUCCGAUGAGAAUCCCCAUCAGAGAGUCACCGAGGCUGAGGAGAUAGCUCUAUACGAGACCCAGGUGCUAAGUGAUCCAUUCUAUGAGUCAGAUUGUGAGAGCGAGGGGAACGAAAGAAUCAACUCGUUCGUCCCUACGGGCUCGUUCGAGUACAUAAAUCCUGUCAACGUUUCUUCAGCUGCUUCAUCGGUUGACCUAGAAAGGAACUCUAACAAUCAGGCCAAAUUCAGACAGGAUUCCAGUGACGAAGCUACUAACAGUAGACAGGACGAAGAGCCCAACGGUGACAUUAACUUCAAACAACAAGGUAGGAUAAUUAUUAAUAGCUGCGAAGAAGAAAUAUGUGGCGAUUCAAUAGCCAAGGAUGACGUUAAAAGUGGAGACGAUUCAAGAGAUGAAGAUAGAGAUCAGAAGAAUUCCUCGACAAGUUAUUAUUUCAUCGAUGCAUCCACUUUGAGUGAUGAUGCAGAAGUGGCUUCGGUGGCCCACCGAGACAAGCACUCGAAUGGUCGGUUACCUUCUUAUAUAUCUCACUCGAUGAACUGUGCAACCAGUCGACCUAGCAACCCUCCAGUAGAAGAUCAGUACCAUAAAUUUACUUCGAGGAAGUCUGCGAGUUUACAAACAGGCCACGAAAGGGUAGCAGAGUUCGAGAGAGAGCUGAAGCUUACGGAGCAUUUGGAACCACUUGCAGAGCCCCGGAAGGUGAAGAGGGUGGACUCUACAUCGGAGGAGAGACUCGAGGUGGACAGAGGUAUCGAUAAGGAGGCAUUGGCUGUGGAAAUUAAGGAAGCUGACAGCGGAGAGAGCACUCAACCCUCUCCUUGCCCUGACAAUAGCACCAGUAUUUCUGAAGACAAAGAUGAAGUUGUUACAGUGAGUAUCAAUGAGGCCCUUCCGAAGGUUUCAGAUAGACUCGAGGAGAAAGUCGAAGAGAAACCUUUAGAAGAAGAAUCCAAGACCACCGAAGACACAAGGAGGCCCUCUUUAAUUCGAAGAAACACUUUCGAGCUGGAUUCAAACGAGGAAAAGCUCUCCAUUCUAAGGCAAGAGUACGAGAGGAGACAAGGUAGCCUAGUUUUCCAGAACUCCAUCCCACAGUAUUCGGGGCAUAGGAUAGACGAUGACCCCUACUUUGAUCCUACUGCUCCGCCUGCUGAGUCCAGUCUAUCUGGGAUGGAGAGUUUAAAUGGUUUUAUGGAUGUGGUUCCAAAGGCCUCGGAGUACUCAACUUCGUGUCCACCAAUGGACAAGCUGGAGCUCGAUGUCACCCAGAAGGAGGUAGAGAGAAAUUAUUUUGGAUCUCCUCACAUGGCUUCGAUGGAAGCCUUGAAUAACCACAGCUUAGAAGGAAAACUCAUUCCCAAGACUGCUGAUCACUCUUCGACUUCAUAUCUGUCAUUCGACAAGUUGGAACUGGACACUGCCCAGAAAGAAGUGGAGAAGAGAUAUUUUUCAGAACAGAAGUCAUCGAUGAAUUAUCCUGUGUUGAAAAGUGCAAGCGACAAGUUUUUAGGUGAUUAUUUUGACGGAUCCACAGAAGGCUCGGAUGACGCCAGUAGCAGUCUGCCAGUGACGCUGAAUAGCAUUUUAGAGGGAGAGAAGAGGGAGUUAACGAAGAGAACCAAACGAGACGAAGCUACGCCUAUAGUAUCAGGUGGUGCCAGUACUUCGGACUUCUCGAAACCUACCGACAGCCCAAUUGUCCGAAGAAAGACAGAAUCUACACCGAUAGUUUCUGGAGGUUCGGUAAUUAUGAACGAACCUAAAACGAAGGGGAAAAAAACGGCGAGGAUGUUUUCUUCAAUGAGUGCCUGGGUCGUAGACAUGAGCGACUGUAGUAGGUCCGAUAUGAAAUCUUUGGAUGUCAAGGAUUCCCAGGCGGGAAUGUCACAGAGCUUGUCGAGUGCUGAUCACGCAAGAAAACCUACUAAGAAAAAAACUCAUGAAAAGCAUGGCAGUUUGGGUUUCUUUGUUAACCUAAAUGACAUGGAUACUCCAAAAGGACUCCAGAAGGAGAAGAAGGAUCAAAACGGGCCUGGGAAGCAGUACUGUGAAUUUUUCAUUGACAUGUCGGACAAGAACGAAGCAGGGAAAAAUCAAAAACAGGAGCCUUCGGAGGAGCCUCAGAAGAAACAACCCAGUGGCAGUGCCGAUGCAGGAGACAAGAAAAAUAUCUUUUCGAUGUUCAUAGAUUUAAAUGAGCCAGAAAAAAAGAAGUCUGAAGAGGUUAGGCCAAGCGAUAGAGCCCAGUUGUUUAAAGAAAGAAGGUUCGAUCCCAGACACUCAAAGCCACAGAGCUGUGAACAGCCGUUGACCGAAGCUAAGGGACUUCAGGAUCCAAAGCCAGUGAAAGAAAGGAACAAACCCAGUGUUUUUAUGUUCAUUGAAUCGGACUCUCCAGUGGUAAGAAGAAGAACUCUGUCCACAUCGAGGCCACCCUUCAAGAGGCAUUCCUGGAACCUUGAAAAGUCCCAAUCGGCUAAUGGCAACUGUCAACCAACAAAGGAACCGGCAUUCCGUAGGGAGCAUAAGCGUGCGCACAGUCUCUCUGUGGACCGAGGAGACGUUCGCAGGCUCCAAGCGAAGACCAGCAACUCUAGUCACUCCCUAAGCGAAGAAACCAGAGGGAAGGUACCCAAUGGUAAAUCUGCGGAACGUCCCCAGGAGACCGAGUCGAGGAACAUGGAUACCUCUGCAGAGGAUGUCUUCGAGUACGACGUAAGGGACACUCCUCCUAACUCGCAUGUAGAAAUAGUGGACGAAGAGAUAAGGGUCUGCAUUAAGCAUCACGACUACAAAGAGCUUGGGACUACUGAAAUCGUGGAAGGUGCCGAGCUUGAUGUCAAAGCUUAUGAAGAAGAGUUCUCCGAAGUGUCAGUGUGGGACAAAACAGGGACGGAGAGUACCGAAGGUCACACCAGGAAGAGCGAGACUUUCGACAUUAGCAGUGGCAGUGGACCAUCCCCCUGCAGCGAUAACCAGCAGUUCGAGCUAUCGGAUCUGGCCAAUGGAGAAGAUGUCGUACCCCAGUUGUCAGAUAGAACUCGAUUAGUUCCUCCAGUGGCUAGUAAAAUAAUGGAGACUCACAGGUCCUUAAGUGAAACGAUUAAAAAAAUAGAGUGCGAGUUUAAGAGUUCAGAAGAGGUCAGGUUGGAUCAGGGUAUUGAGGAAGAGGAAGAGUCUCAGAGAAGUAGAGGCUCCGGGGCCAGAGACGUGCGGACUCCUCAUCCUGGGCUUUCCAGAACCACGGGCUCCACUUUUGUCAGGCUCUCCGACCUCGAUAAGGCCCCGGCGAGAUGUCAAUCUACAGAGAUUAUGUCAGUUGACGAGGAGAAGGUAACUUAUCGCAUGAGCAAAAGCAUCCCGGAGACCUCUUGGAUCGAAAGCAAGCUCGUUGUCUCAAGGACUGGCCCGGUCAGGGCGAAUCCCAGGAGAAUUCAAUCGGCUAUGUCCACUUCAUUGCCUCCUAAGCAAAAGUCACCCAUGGAGGAGGUCAUCGGAGAAUUCGAUGGAGAAGGAUUGGUCUCCGAGUCUGAUCUCAGCAGUAUGCAGAGUAGCAUGGGCCGCUCUGGGGCAGAAGGGAGCACCGAGGAGACAGAAACGUCUAGCAUAGCCGGGGCGAAACCGUACAACAGGCUCGGAGAGGACCUUCUCAGGAUGUUCCUAGAAGAAAUUAAUCCAGACGUGACGAUUGACGUCGCUGGUCGACGAAUACGAGCUCAUAAGUGCAUUUUAAGCUCUCGGUGUCAAUACUUUGCUGCAAUUCUUAGUGGAGGUUGGAUCGAGAGUGCUGGAAAUGUUAUACCUCUUCAAGGAUAUUCUUACAAUGCAGUGCAUUUUGCAUUGUGUCAUAUAUACAGCGGAGAGAGUAAUAUACCAGAUUCUAUAAGUAUCGUAGAAUUGGCUACGUUAGCUGAUAUGCUGUGUUUAGAAGGACUGAAGGAAGUUAUCGGAUAUACCCUUAAAGUUAAAUAUUGCCACUUGUUCCAUAAACCCUGCCAAAUCUGUGCUGUCGGAGUGCUCGAGUGUAUGCCUUUAGCUGCUGCCUACGGUCUUGAUGAAGUCUACAGAAAAUCCCUUAGGUGGAUUACCAGACAUUUCGUGCGAAUUUGGCCCUGCAAAGCAUUUGCCACUCUCCCUCGAGAGCUCAUGGAGAAAUGUUACCAUCAACACAUUGUACACAUGUCUACGGACACUGUGCUGCAAACCAUGAUGGACUGCGACAAGCUCCUGGCCACUUUGCCAAAUGUUCGCUGGGCUGAACCAGUCUUUAGAUUGGUGUCGAACCUCCUCGAUACAUCUGUCAAGUACCUAUCGGAGAACUUCUCCGGAGUGCUGGGCAACGACAAGUUCCAGGCUCUGGGGCGAGAGCUCACCUGGAACAUCAGUCGCCUCGAGGACAAUUUUCUGGCAGCAGCUGAACGCUUGCCACCCGAACAAGCCUGCAAAAGUUACGCGAAAUUGCACAAAAUGUUGACCGCCGCUCAGACCUCGGACGACGCUUUGGGCAAGACGAAGUGGGGACAGCUCUUCGUGGAUUUCCUGAAGAAGAUCCAGAGCCGGGUCGAGAAGUGCCUCGUGAGGGAUGCCACGAGAGCUUCGAGGACCACCGCGUGGCUUAAGAUGGAUUUAGAGCUCCGCAGGAGGAUCCAAGAGUUAGCUUGCUUGGUGAUACUGCCGCACGAAGCGACGAAGAGGCCCUCCAGACAUUCCAAUUUCCUAAAGGAACCGAAGAUUCCGUCGAGUCGCUCUUCGGUCAGCCGCAGCUUGGACUUGAGGCGCGUGAAAAUGGCGAUAUCCGAACACAACGAUAAAACCACGAAGCCGGUGCCUGCGGUUCCUCCUCCGCAGCCGAAAAAGCCCCUUAAUAAGCCGAAGACUGAUCCUUUGGAGAGAAAAAUGCAGGAGGAUAAAUCGCACGCGGGUGACUCCACUAUGAGGCCUAGAUCAUGGCCCAACAAAGUCGAGGUAAAGUCGAGGUAUCUGGAGCCGAGGAGUAAGCCAGUCCCGAAGGAGCCUGCUCCUCCGGUUUUGCAACCUGACAAAAUGUCCCAGCAACGCCGGAAAAUAAUGAUCUCCUCCUCGGAUUCCUCGAGAACUUCCAGUCCCGCGAUGAAGCGAGCCGCCGAGAAGAAGCCUCUAGCCAAAAUGAAGCUACCGAUCAAGAAAGAUGUGAAGGCUCUUUCCUCCGAUAGUCUCACAGAGUCGAAUCAUAAUCGAACGAACGUCAAGAAAGAUUUAACGAGUAAAAGCUGCGGAAUCACGAGACCCGAAUCCCCGUCAUUGAAGCAGAAGGAAGGAGAUAUGGGAUUAUCGAUCGACUCCCUCGCAGAGCAGAAGAAAAAACCUAUCAUCAGAAAAAAACCUGGUAAAAUGGACACUUCGAUGUCAACGGACAGCCUGAUGACAGAUGUCGCAGCUACUCCGAAGUCAACGGUGUCCAACAAACUGUCACCGACUCUGAGUAGAGGAGCCAACAAGACUCCUGCGAAGAAGCCCUCGCCUCCGAUGCAGCAGAGAAGUCCAUUGACAGUCUCGAGGAGGCCUGCGAGGACCUUGGAAAACUCAACAGCAGCCAGUCGGAGCAGAGCUUUCGCAACUUCUGGUUAUCAGGGCUCGCCAAGUCUGAGAAGAAGCCUCCUGGACGCGGCAAAGACGCCAGACGUGCCUAACAGGACACAGAAUACUCAGCAGAGGGUAGGUGCACGCCAGGGGAGUGGUCAAGUGACAGCUGUCAACGUUGAUAAGGACAAAAGGAAGAAAGAAGGUCCAGGUGGUCAACAGGGUCAGGAGAGUCCUGGGAAAAAAUCCUCGCCGAAGUCUAACGGUGCUCUCAGGGCCAACAGAACGGCUGCUGUCAAAAAGACGACCACUGCUAAACCAGGUGAGGAUAAAGCGAAGACGAAGUGUCAAAACGGCGAACCCAAGCAGCCCACGGUCGGCUCCAGGUCCGGAACUUUUCUCAAGGACGAACCCACGAUUCUCAAGAGGGUGGAUAUGAAGUCUCCACAGGCUAGUGUUUAAUUUUUAUCGCAGUUACAUGUAUUGACAGAAUUAACAGAAGAGAAGGGUAGGAUUGUUAAAAGGCAGAAGUAAGAAUGGAGGUUUGUCAGGCUGAUGGUAACGACGGAGUGAAAGAGUAACGAAGAUAUGAAAAAAAAUAAUCUGUCAUGAUGACAGAAAUUAUGGCAGCUGGAGGAAAGCUCAGGAGUAAGUACCUUGAUGAGCAAACGUGUGAAUUGCCUCUUUUAGGCAUUUUUUGUGGAGAGAAAUAUGUCAUUGAUUUUUGAGAUGGUGGACCGAAGGUCAGCUUAUCGACAGCUAUGACAUGAGUAGAAAGUCUACUACCAAAGCUGUAGAAGCGAAAGAGCUGAAGCGCGAAUGAAAAUGGCAUGGAGAAAAAUCCUGACAGAGGAGUGAUACUUAAAAGAGUGGACGUACUAUUUUAAUUAUUGUUUAACUCUUGAAUUAUACAUUUUUUUUUAUAAGCUGCAUUUAUGGUGAAAAGCAUUGAAUUCACUGAGUUCUGAGUAUUCGGUAGGGCAGCAGAUAAUGGAAGUCUCUGUCAGAGUGAGGAUUAAGUAGUCAGCGAAGGAGGAUGAGCCGAUACUUAAAGAAAAACGAAU